GCACUGAAAGAGAAGAUUGAAUCAGAAAGGGGGAAAGAUGCUUUUCCAGUAGCUGGCCAAAAACUAAUUUAUGCAGGUAAAAUCCUUAAUGAUGAUACUGCCCUUAAAGAAUACAAAAUAGAUGAGAAGAACUUUGUGGUGGUUAUGGUGACAAAACCCAAAGCAGCUGCUGGAGUGACUCAGCAGUCAAAUGCUACUACUACCACUACUACUAUCUCGACAACUGCAGCUCCCACACCAGUCACUGCACCAACCCCUGCUGCUGCCCCUGUGCCAGCUCCUGCCCCUUCACCACCAGCACCAGAUGCAGUUGCUUGUGAAUCUGCACCUGUGAGUGCUCCCAAAGAAGAGAACACAGCAGAAAAACCACCUGAGGCACCAGCUGCUGUCAGCCCAUCAUCAACUGACAGUACAACAGGUGAUACAUCUCGAUCAAAUCUUUUUGAGGAUGCUAUAAGUGCACUUGUGACAGGUCAGUCCUAUGAGAAUAUGGUGACUGAGAUCAUGUCAAUGGGCUAUGAACGAGAGCAAGUAAUUACAGCGCUGAGAGCCAGCUUCAACAAUCCUGACAGAGCAGUGGAAUACCUUUUAAUGGGUAUACCUGGAGAUAAUCAGGCUGUGGCUGAACCCCCUCAAGCAGCAAGCACUGGUGCCUCUCAGUCUUCAGCAGUGGCAGCAGCAGUAGCAAAUAUACCUACGACUACUAGUUCAUUAGGAGGACAUCCACUUGAGUUUUUACGAAAUCAGCCUCAGUUCCAGCAGAUGAGACAAAUUAUUCAGCAAAAUCCUUCUCUGUUACCAGCAUUGCUACAGCAGAUUGGACGGGAAAACCCUCAACUACUGCAGCAAAUAAGCCAACACCAGGAACAUUUUAUUCAUAUGUUGAAUGAGCCAGUUCUAGAGUCCCGCCAAGGUUUAAGUGGCAGUGAUGAUGGUGUCAGCGCUGGAGGAGUAGUAGCAGAAGUUGGAAAUGGUCACAUGAACUACAUUCAAGUAACACCUCAGGAAAAAGAAGCUAUAGAAAGGUUAAAGGCAUUAGGAUUUCCUGAAGGACUUGUGAUACAGGCAUAUUUUGCUUGUGAGAAGAAUGAAAACUUGGCUGCCAACUUUCUUCUACAACAGAACUUUGAUGAAGAUUGAGAGACAUUUUUUUUAUUUCACACCUCACACCAGUGCAUUACACUAACUUUGUUCACUGGGUUGUCUGGGAUAUUUGGGCUUAUAUUCAUAAUGCUUGGUGUAUGGCAUAUGGGGGGCGGGGAGAAGAGAAUAUAGGAAACAGCAAAGAAAGAAGCAAGUGUGUCUGCUUGAAAUUAGCAGAUGGAGGAAAACAUGGAGUGUAAAAUAAUAUACAACCAAAAAUCAGCUUCUGCAGGUAAUUAGUUUCUUCUGUAAACUGUAGGUUAACUUCUUCUAGGUUUUCACCCGUAUUGUACUAGUUCCAGAAGCAUAGCGUAAUGCCCCGCUUCAAGUCCCUUUCUA